AGAGAGAAGGAGAGAGAGAGCUGCUUCCAACAUAUCUUGUCUGGUAAAAACUCAUGAACUAUAAACAGAAAGAAAAGAGUUUAAACACAAAACAAAAAAGAUUAAAAAAACCAUUCCUUAGAUUUGUGUUCCGGCAGAGUUCUUGAAUUUUUUUGAACUUGUUAUGUCAGUCACUUUUCACUGUCUAAAAGAGGUGAAAAAGAAAAGGUUAAGCUUCAGAAAAAAGGUGUAAGCUUUUUCUUUACUGCAAAUGGGAAGAGACUGCCACAGACUCGGUGGCCACGGCGGUGAAGGCGGCGGAGUAAUCUCUUCCUCUAAGUCAAAGAGAAAAGCAAAUGCAGCAAAUGGAUGCAUGGCCGCUUUUUAUCACUUAUUCGAUUUCCAACAUUUCCACUUCCCUUCCCAUCAUAACCUCUCCAUUGAUUCUCCUUCAAGAUCAAAAGGUAUGCUUCUUCUCUCUCACAGCAUAAGUGGUCAAGUUUCAGAGAUGAUAACAGCAAGAGAGACUAAAAAUGUUGUUGUUGUUGUUGUUGUGAAAUUUGCAGGCUUGAAGGUAAUAGAAGAGUCUCCACCAUCAACAACCUACAAAGACAAACAAAGUUUGAGCAUUCCUGCAAGCAUGCGAGUGAGAACAGAGACAGGGGCAAUAAGUUCAAGACUCAGAGCUCUUGCGACCGAUACUUCCACUUCUUCAUCUGAUAUCUGUGGCUCACCAGGCAGCAAAACACCAAACUUGGUGGCUAGACUUAUGGGUCUUGAUCUUCUCCCUGAUAAAACAGACCUUAAUGAUUCACCGUCAAAUCUUCAUACAAUGACCCAUUAUGGAUCAAGUCGUCACACAAGCCAUAGAGUUUCCAAGAACGGAACACGCUUGGGGACUAGGUCUUUACCGGAGAGCCCUAGAAUCUCUUCUGCUCGGAAAUCGGAUUUCGACAGUCAUCGCCUCUCUCUUCAGCUGAACAAGGAGAAUAAGCAUGAAGAGUUUGGUUGUUCGAGACUGAAAGCGAUGAAACAAGAUCAAGACGAGAAUCGGAGUCCCAGAGAUUACGCGAGACAGAUUGUAAAACAAAUCAAAGAGAGGGUCGUCACCAGAAGAGUGGUCGGUAUGGAUAUAACAAACUCGGUGAAGAAUCGAGACGCACGACCAUCACAGUACAGUAAUGAGCUUAGAAGAGACACAACAGUUUCUUGCUCACCAAGAACAAGGUUUUCAGAUAAAGAGAACAAACCAAGAACCAGUCAAAAACCAAACUCGUCAUCCUCUUUCAGACCAGAACAAAUCACACAGAAGCCGAAACCAAAGCCAACGACGGCGAUCCUUGUCUCCGUGUCAAAAUCCUGUGGAGAAAAACAGAACCAGAAAAAAGUAAAACAAAGGCAGCUUAGACCCAUCAACCAAUGCAAGAAGGCAGAGAGUGAAACAAGGUUCUCUCCACGUCCCAUAAAGUCUUCUCCAAACAAGCGACGAGAGGCUCUCUUGCCUGAACCAACAUACGCUAAAGCUAGCAAUCCUCUACACAGAAAGAAGCUCAAGAAAACCCCAAAGUCAAGUGAUCUUGUCAACAUAUAUGCCACUGAAUCAACUCAGAAACAGAUAAACGAAACUGUAGAGGAAACACUGAAAUCGAACGAAGAAGCAUCGAUUUGCUCCAGUUCAAUUCACAAAAUCGAGCAGAAUAGUCGACAAGUAGACGACGCAGCCACCGUUUCUGUCUCCUCCUCCUUCACUUCAGAACGAGUCGUAAUCGAUUCUGAACAAGACUACGUCAGAAGAAUAAUGAAACUCGCGGCGAGAAUCAACACUGACUCACCAAUCUCCUCUGCAACCAUGCUCGAUUUUUCGAUUUUCCGCGAAAUGGAGAACACAGGAGAGAAUCAGUCUGGAUCAUUGGCUCUUCAAUGCAAUCGAAAGCUUUUGUUCGACCUAGUGAACGAGAUUCUGAUUGAAACUGUGAAACGACGCCGUGACUAUCAUGAAUCGGAGCUAAUCGGCGAGCUCUGUUCCAUUGUAUCGAGAUAUAGCAGUAAGCGUUGUUCGAUUCCAGAAGAUAUCGCUUUAAUAGACUUUGAGCGUCUUCUAGAGAGGAAGAAGCUUGAUGAGGAAGGAGAAGACGAGAUCGUCGCUGAGAUUGAGCGGGACAUUGUAGACGCGUUCGUGCGAGAAACGGCUUCGGAAUUGUGUUUUCACCGGAGACGAAGCAAAACAACGUCGGACGGAAAACUGAGUUAUCAGAUGAUUUUUAACUAAUGGGCCUAUAAGAUAAAAAAGUUUCUUAAACUUGGGCUUGUGACUAAGUAUUAGAAUAGUUUCUUUGUUUGGCCAUAUAUUUUAUUUUAUUUUAUUUUUUUUUUGGUCGUCAGUUUACUUUUUAUUAGUAAAAGCCCAUAUAGAGGCAGCGUACAAAGAGUUUACAAAGCCCAUUAAAAACCCUAAACAGAAAAGAUCAACACGAGUAAAUAACAAUACACGUCAUAAACACGUGUUAUCUGAUGAUCAAACAAAGGUAAAAUAUGGCAGACUGAAAACUAUGAACACUGCAUCGCCGUCGAUACUCCGCCGAUGACGGUCUUGUCUCCGAUAAUCACCAGCAAGUGUCCAGUGCCAUCUAAAGCUUUGCCUGAAAACCUUCUUUCAUUCGCUGCUUUUUGCCUCCUCUGAUUUAGAUCUCGUGAAUCAGCCGUAAUUUACUUCUUCAAUAGACAUUACCAUCGUUCAUCGAUAACUCAAGACAUCACCCUUUGCCUUAUCAAGGCUCUAAAUAGGGAUUUGGGGAGGUCAAACUCCCAGCCAGGAGAAGAUGAAACCAGAAGUAGAAGAAGAAAAUCCUAACACUUAUCACCAGAUCUACUCAUCACCGCCUCAAUUAUAAGAGGAAUCCAUAUGUAGAGGAGAAAGGGCAAGAACAUCCAAACAACCAAAAAUCAAUUGCUCUGUCAUAAAAAGAUCAAUGAUUCCUUUAAAUAUAAGAAAUCUUUCACUCCACUAAGGAUUAGUGAAAAAUUCAAUUAAAAGGAAUCAAUAACAUAAGAUAGCAAAAGACUUUGACUGAAGAAAAAGAAAAUCCGAAGAAAUCGGAAUUUAUUAUCCGUUAAAACGGAAGAGAAGAUCCGAUCUAAGUCGGAAAACAACCGGUAUUAAUCGGAGUAUUUGCAACAAAA